GGGACCCAGACUGCGUGGAGCCCUUCCCCAGCCGCCCCGCCCCGCCCUCCCCAGGGGCACCCACCUCUCCUGGCUGCCACAGUCAACCUGUUAGGCCGGGCUGGGCAGGUCUGGAGAUGGGCGGGGAGCCCUGAGCCUCCGCACCCCCUCUCCUGCUCCUCCUCCUCCCCCACUGCCCUGUGCCCGGCACUCAGGCCUCUCCGAGCUGGGCUGCCUGGGUGCCUGAGGCCAGGAAGCCGGGGGUCCCCAGGGGGGUGACCCCCAAGAAGAGGGCAGCCGCUUCACGCUUGGCUGCCGGGAGCCCUUCCUGGAGCCGUCAGGGUGGGGGUCCCCUCCCCCAGGGGGCCGGGGCCAUGUUGCCUUGUGCCUUCUGAGGCCCCCGCAUCAUGGCCCGGUCGCUGACCUGGCACUGCUGCCCCUGGUGCCUGACGGAGGAGGAGAAGACGGCCGCCCGGAUCGACCAGGAGAUCAACAAGAUCCUCCUGGAGCAGAAGAAGCGGGACCGAGGGGAGCUGAAGCUGCUGCUUCUGGGCCCAGGUGAGAGCGGGAAGAGCACGUUCAUCAAGCAGAUGCGCAUCAUCCACGGGACUGGCUACUCGGAGGAGGACCGCAAGGGCUUCCGGCCGCUUGUCUACCAGAACAUCUUCGCGUCCAUGCGGGCCAUGAUCGAGGCCAUGGACCAGCUGCAGAUCCCCUUCAGCAGGCCUGAGAGCAAGAACUAUGCCAGCCUGGUCAUGAGCCAGGACCCCUACAAAGUGAACACCUUUGAGAAGCGCUACGCCGUGGCCAUGCAGUGGCUGUGGAGCGACGCUGGCAUCCGGGCCUGCUACGAGCGCCGGCGCGAGUUCCACCUGCUGGACUCCGCAGUGUACUACCUGUCGCACCUGGAGCGCAUCACCGAGGAGGGCUACAUCCCCACCGCCCAGGAUGUGCUUCGCAGCCGUAUGCCCACCACCGGCAUCAACGAGUACUGCUUCUCCGUGCAGAAAACCAACCUGCGUCAGAACCGGGACCUGGAAGAGCCCAGAGUGAGGCACCAGAGCUCCAAGGGGGAAAUCUUCCUGGAGGAGGGGACACUGUGCCCCCCAGGCCCGAAGCAGGACGCGGAGGCAGCCAAGCAGUUCAUCCUGGACAUGUACAGCGGCAUGUACGCCGGCUGCGCGGACGCCGCCGACGGGGGCAGGAAGGGCUCGCGCUCCCGGCGCCUCUUCAGCCACUACACGUGCGCCACGGACACGCAGAACAUCCGCACGGUCUUCAAGGACGUGCGGGACUCGGUCCUGGCCCGCUACCUCGACGAGAUCAACCUGCUGUGACCCAAGCCCCGCCUCCCCGGCUCGGACCAGCGAGCGGCCCUCCGGACCUGCGGGCGGGGCGGGGCGGCGCCCCGGGAGCCCCGAUGCCUCCCCGGUCGCUCCAGGCCCACGUGGCGGGGGGGCCACGAGUGAGUUGCGGAAAGCCAGUCGCCGCCGCUCCUCUGCCCUUUGCCAGGACAGCUCCUGGGGUCCCCACUCUUGACUCCUCGAAAAAGGAGCACCAUGGCCACCUGGGGUCCCCGGGGUGGAGGGGACGAUGAAGAGAGCAGAGGACGGAAGACUCAGGACCCCCGCUCCGGGUCUGUCCCCUCCUGGGAAGAAGUCCGGGACCCCCGGGGGUGGUACACCCGCUCAGGGAUCGGGCAGGGGUCCCGCAGGCCCAGGAACCGGACUCUGGCGCCCCUUAGUGGACAGGAGGUGGUAUCUCCCAGUUUGAGGUUUGGGUAGCUCAGAGGCCGCCCUUGGUGGGGAAGAGACCCUGGAAAACGGUGUUAAGAGCCUCAUGACUCGAAGUGUGUUCUGUUACGGUUUGCAGACGAGGGAAACGGAGGCUCACAGGUCUCCCCCUCUUCCCUAGGCUGGGGGCUGGGUGCGCUGCAUCUUACAACCUGUAUUUAUUCCCUCAUCUGCAGGGCCCCUUGUGAGUUGGACAUUAAAGAGAUGACAUUCUGGAGA